CAUAAGCAUCAUCUGCCUUCUAGGGUUCCAUUUAAUAGAUUCUUAUCUGCCCUUGUGAAAAUGAAACAAUAUCACACUGUCCUUUCCAUGUCCAAAACAAUUGAAUUGGUAGGAAUCUCUCACGAUGUUUAUUCUCUUAACAUCUUAAUUAAUUGCUUCUGUCGUUUACAUCUUGUGGAUUUUGGUUUCUCUGUUUUUGGUAAGAUGCUCAAAUUCGGAUUGGAGCCUAGCAUUGUGACAUUUACGACCUUAAUUAAUGGGCUUUGUAUAGAGAGUAAAAUCGACAAAGCAGUGGAAUUUUUCGAUGAUAUGGUUGCACGUGGUUAUCAACCUAAUGUUUAUACUUACAGUGUGAUAAUAAACGGAAUGUGUAAAUUUGGGAAAACAAGUGUGUCUAUUAGGCUCCUAAAGGGAAUGGCUGAUAGAGGUUGUGAGCCAAAUGUUGUGACAUACAGUGCAAUCAUUGACGCCCUUUGCAAGGAUGAGCUAGUUGGUGAGGCUUUAGAGCUCUUCUCUCAAAUGAGGAAUAAGGGCAUUUCACCUGAUGUCAUCACUUACACUGGUUUAAUUCAUGGUGUUUGCAAAUUAGGCCAAAAGAAACAAGCUUUGGCCUUGAUGAAUGAAAUGGUGGAGAAAAACAUAUUACCAAAUGUUUAUACCUUCAGUGUAUUGAUUGAUGCUCUUUGUAAGGAUGGAAUGGUUGCAGAGGCUCAAAAUACAUUCAAUGUAAUGAUUCAAAGAGGUGUAGAGCCUAAUGUGAUCACAUACACUACCUUAAUUGAUGGUCUUUGCAUUUCAGACCAAUUCAAGGAAGCUUUGGCCUUGUUGAAAGAAAUGGUGGGGAGGAACAUAUCCCCUGAUGUUUUUACCUUCAAUAUAUUGAUCGACACUCUUUGUAAGAAAGGACUGGUUUCAAAUGCACAGAAUAUAAUCAAGAUAAUGAUUCAAAGGGGUGUGGAACCUGAUGUUGUCAAUUAUAAUUCAUUGAUGGAUGGAUAUUGUCUGUGCAAGCAAAUUGAUAAGGCUAGAAAGGUAUUUGAUCUGAUGGUGACCAAUGAAAUAGCUAACAUUUUUAGCUACACCAUUUUGAUCAAUGGAUAUUGUAAGUGCAAAAUGAUAGAUGAUGCAAAGGAACUUUUUGAUGAAAUGUCUCACAAAGGUUUAGUUCCUAAUGUUGUUACUUAUUCUACUCUUAUAGAGGGUAUGUUUCAAGCAGGGAGGCCCCAAACUGCACAGGAGCUCUUUAAGGAUAUGUGCUCUCAUGGUCAACAGCCAAAUAUAGUAACCUUCUCAAUUAUGAUUGAUGGCUUGUGUAGACAGGGGAAUCUCGAUGAAGCACUCACCCUAUUGAAAGAAAUGGAGGAAAGUCAGUUGAAGCCUGAUCUUGUGACCCAUUGCAUUCUGAUCAAUGGUAUGUGCAAAGCUGGCAAGAUUAAUGAUGCCAAGGAACUGUUUUCUAGUCUUUUUGAAAAUGGUUUACAACCUAAUGUUCAUAUAUAUAGUGCAAUUAUGAAAGGACUCUGCCGACAAGGAUUAAUGGAUGAAGCGUAUAAGGUAUUUAAAGACAUGGAAAAGGUAGGAUGUUUACCAAAUAAUUGUUGUUAUAAUAUCAUCAUUCAAGGGUUUCUCAAGCAUGGGGAUUUACCAAAAGCAUCAGAACUAAUCAACGAAAUGGUUGAUAAGGGGUUCUCUGCUGAUGAUGCUACCACAGAAUUGGUAGUACAUUUAUCGCGGAAUAAUGAUCUCAUUCUGAGGCUUUUAAAGGUGCGCAAUGAGGGAUCAGCAAAUUAAAGUUGUUAUAUCUUGACCAUUCAAGUGUAUCUUGGAGCGCAACUUGACAUGGACUAGAUCUCUUUGAUAUAAGAUUAUUGAUGAAUGGAGGUCAUGGAUUUCUAAUCAUCAAGUUGCUGGUACUUGCAAGGAUAUGACUACAACUUCACCUUUCUAACCAUAAAGGGCGCAGGAUAUACAGUCCCAGAAUACAAGGUAAGAGAAUCACUAGACUUCUACAGCUGUUGGUUGGAUGAAAUGUCACUAAAAUCAU